CUGACUGUUAACGAAUCUCGUUUACGACACCCACGCAUCGCGCACCCUCCCCGUCUACCAAUCCAACGAUUUCACCGUCGACCCAUCGGCACCACGGCUACACGAGUCGUUACGUCCGACCCUUUCUCCCCUACGCCGCCCCAACAACAAUCAACAGGCUAUUUUUAUCCCCCGUAACACAUGCUCGCGAGGAACAUACAUAUAUAAUAUAAUAACAAUAUCAUUAUCAACUAUUUUUAUUAUUAUUAUUAUUAUUAUCGCCGCCGCCGCCGUCGAAAUUUCCGUCUUCGCCGCAGCACCAACACUGAGCACUUUGAACAGACCGCGACGAGACGAUGCCCUUCCUCCUCUACGACUGUUGUAGUACGAGCACUACGAGCAGUAGCAGCAACGGCAUCGUCGUCGUCGUUAGCAGCAGCCGCUUCUUCACCAGUCUUCCGACUCGACGACCCUAGUUUCAAUUGCAAUCGUGCCGAAAAAAUAGUUUUUCGGGAUAGAGUAGAAGUCUCGUCCUAGUCAAUCCCCGUACGCCUGCAGUCGCCCCCGUCGAGCAAUCUGACAAACACGCGACUGACAACUGACCUACACACGUCGCGGGUGGAAGCAUUAACGAUGCCUCCGGAUAUUAGCGAUCGUACGCGCGUAAGCGGCGACAAAUUAUUGUACAGUCGUGUCGUGCCGUCCAUCAUGCCGGGUGUUUGCAGCGAUCCAAACUUUUUCGAGACUACUGUCGAGCCGCUGCUCGCGGCCGGCCGCGAGGGCGAUCUGUGCGAGUGGCUCAAGAAGAACGGACUAAUAGCCAAGGAACAGAAGUGCCCAAAUAACGAGUGUCUGACCACAGAAAAGAUGCAGUGGCAUCGUGCACGUGUUGUUGACAAGUUCAAUUGGGUGUGCCUGGAGUGCAAGAAGAAGGUGCCGGCCAGGCACGCGUCCUUCUUUGCCGACUUCAAAUGCGAAUUGGGUUAUGCCUUGAAAGUCAUUGACAGUUGGUGCAAGAAUAUGCCGCUCAGUGACGUCAAUGGAGAAGGUAGGACCAAAGUAAAUGUAGCCAAACGUAUUUACAAUGGAUGCGCUCAAGUGGCCGAGUGGCAGUUGAAAAAAAUAGUCGGCGACUUCAAACUUGGUGGCACUGAUGUUGUUGUCAUCGUAGAUGUGUUUCCAGAUGGCAACAUGAGUUUAGAAGUACCAACCACAUCUCAUAAUAAUAAUUUUUCCAAAAGAGUACUAUGCAUUGCUGACACGGCCCAUGUUCCUGUUCGCGUUUGGGCAAGCCUUCUUGAUGGAUCUAAUAAAGAGAAUUCUAAGAUUGUGGAAAUGGUCAAAAAUCACGUAAUGCUGGGUUCCACUAUUGUAACAAAUGAAAUUUUAUAUCCAUUAUUGCAUAAUUUACCUGGAAUAGGAGAAGUCAUAAGCACAGAAGCAUUGAUGAAUUUGGACAUAAAUCAUGAUCAUAAAUCUUUAAAAAAUUUAGAGACUAUAUGGGCAACUACUGUAGAAGCCUGUAUUCAAUUACAAGAUAUGUCUACAACUCAUGCGGAACAACAUCUAUACGAACUACAGUGGAGACAGAUGUAUGGAUUUAUUGCUCUUCCAUCCAUGAUACAACAGAUUGUUGAGUAUACAGCUUACAAUAACCCAAUAUGUCCACCUUUGCCAAGCAUAUGGCCUACAAAUUAAAUCAAUUGAUAAGUACAAAUGUUAGCUAAUUGCUAAACCCACCGUUUAAUAUUAUAUACAUGGUAAUUUUUGUCAAUUAUUGUACAACACUACGACUAUUAUUAAGUUUUGAAGAAGUUAAUUUUAUAAUAUUUUUUAAUGACCGUUUUGUUUCACACAUAAUGCUCUUAAUGAUAUUCGGCCACAAUUUAAUUUUUAAAUGAAAUGAUAUUUUGCUGAAUAACAAGAUUCAAAUUUUUUAAUUAAAAAAAAUUAAUAUACUACAGAAAUAUUUAGAUUUUAAAUCUGUUUUUGUGUUCUGCGUGUUAGCUUAAUUAUCUAAUCCAAGGCAAGCAUAAAAUGUUUUAUAAUUUUUAAAUGAAUAUUACAUUUUAUAAUAUUAAUUGACCUUAAACAUUAUUUUAAAAAGUUUAAUAUUUUUCUCUGCCCUUGACUUAUUUGUACUAAUUAAUUUCUUUGAAAAUAUAAUUAUUACAUAUUAUUAUUAUUUAAAAAUUAGUUCAUACAUUUUUAACUAUCAAUACAUUUGAGUCAAUACUCUAAUUAAAAUUAAAUAAUCCACAUUGUUAAUAUAUGUUAUUGCGAUACAUAUCAAUAAUAUUUUGAAAAAUAAUAAUUAUGUAGUUGCCUACAUUCAAUUUCUCAACUUAAUAUAUUUUGAUAUUACAAUAAAUUAACUAUACACAAUUUAAAUAUUCUUCAUAAUUUUAUAACUAUUUUCCAAUUGAUUAGAAAAAAAAUUGUUUUGCAAGUAAUAUGAUAUUAAUAGAUAUUAGUGUAAUUGAUAUUAUCAAAGACUGGUUUUUUAACAAAUUUUUACAUUGUUUUGUUUAAUUAAUUUGGUGCCAUUCUAUAAGUUAAAUAAAUUAAGAAAAGUAUAAAGCAUAAGCAAUAUUAAAAUGAUAGAUAAAUAUUUAUAAAUGUUAAAAAGUACAGGGUAUUUCAGCUAUAACCAAAAUAGUGUCUUUUUUUUACUAUAAAAUAUACAAAUUAAGCGUACUUGUGAUUUUACACCAAUAAUGUUUUCCCAUAUGUAUUAAAGACAUAAAAAUCAGGGUUAAUGUUUAUUAAUGGACAUCAAUUGUAUACUUAUGGUAGAUAGUUACUCCAUUUUUAUUUUUUACAUCACUUAACAUUGUUAAAAUCUGUUAUUCAGAAUUAAUGUAAAUAAUUUUUAGAAAUAACUUAAAAAUAUAGUUUAAGUUUAUAAUUAAAUUUGUUUAUAUGAAUGUGCUAUAUAUAAGUUCUUCAUAAUUGAUUUUACAGCACAAAUAUUAUUUAAUAUUUUUAUAUAAAAUAUAUAUAAUCAAAUCAAAUGUGGAUACAUAGACUAUAUUAUGUUAAAUGCAAUAUUACUAAACCAGUGAAUUAUUAUGUAUAAAUGUUGAUUAAUUUGUGUGUUCUGUUCUACCGUGUGAUACAUUUUUAUUUUUAUUGAUUAACGUUAAUUUUUUUUUUCAAAUUGUUUUUAUUUAAUAGAGAAUGAAAAAGUUAGCUUUAACAUUUGUUUACAUUUAUUUUAUUAGUUAAAUGUGUAUCAUUUUGUUUUAAUUUGAAUAUAAGAAGUUAUACUAUUUUACAACUUAUUUAUUAUUUAUCACAAAAUUAAAUAUUCUAUUAAUAUAUUUGAAAUUAUUGUAUGUUGCCUAAUUGUUUCAAUUAUCAAAUCAUUUUUAUUAAUGUUAUCUUAAAAAUAUGUUACUUAAUGAAAUUGUUAAUUUAUAAAAGCAACAAUAAUAGUACUUGUCAAGUGCCUUUUUACUGUUAAUUUUAUGUCAAAAGCUCAAAAAUAUUCAAUUUUUUUAAUUAUUGUACAAUUGAAAUGUUAUUAAAUAGUAUACUACACAAAAAUUCUGCUCAAUGAUAUGAAAUUGCUGCAAAAUUCUAACAUUAAUAGUAUUCUACCCUUGGUUAUCCUUUGACAUUUUGUUUAAUAAAUUUAUUGUUUGUUUGUAUCGUGUCCUUUCAAGUUUUAAUCUAUUCCUGUUAUUAAUACCUUAAUUCUAAUUGUUUUCUAAAGUGAUUCGUUAUUACAUUGCUAUUGUUUGCCUUUUUUUUCAAUGUAAGACUUAACUUAUACCAAAUGCUUUUAUUUUUACCAUUUUGUAUUAUCUCAUUAUGUUGAAAUAUUAUUUAAAUGUGUUACUUAUAUAAUUAUCAUUGUACAAUUAACAUAAUUUACCAGUAGUAAAAAAAUUUAAAAAUUAUUACUUUAUUUUUCAAAUACUCCACUUUAAGCAAAACAUGUUUUUAAUGUUUUUAUAAAAUUGUAGAUUGUUCCUAGUAAUUUCAAUUUGAAAUGUUGUUUUCCAUUUUGUACAUUACAUCAAUUUUUUUUUCAUUGUGUUUCAUUAAUAUAAAUGUGUUAUGUCUAUAAUAUUAUUAAAUAGAAACUUAUUUAUUUAUUUAUUUUUUUUUUUUUUUAUCAAAAUAUUAAUGUUAGACAUUUUUUGAGACUUAACUAUUUUAGUUUUUUUUUUUAAGUAUUUUAAUAAUUUUUUGCCGUGUUAAAUUGAACUGUUUAAUACAUUUAGUUUAAAACUGAAACUCACUGUCUUCCUCUACCAAGUGACUAAUUUUUAUUAUAAUAAAUGAUUUACAGUUCAUAUUUUAAUGUUUGACUGUUAAAUAUAAUACAAAAUAUUGUUUAAUAAAUUAAUCCUGUGUUCUAUACAUAUGGGAUGGAUGUCAUAUAAUAUACACUCUACCGA